AUAUAUAUAUAUAUAUAUAUAUAUAUAUUCAUACCUUGGUUGUGUUUCCAGGGUUACGUGAACCUCCGUGUGUGGUUCCCCCAACUCGAGGGCGUGGUGCUGGCCACCGACCAAGAGGUCAUCAUCAUGUGCAAGCCAGCUUCGCCGACCAUCAUCGAGAACCGAGCGGCCGGCUUUGCUGGAGCCCUGCCGUCGGCGGGGCGGGUGUCGGGCGUGGUGGAAGAGACUCCAGGGCGCCUAGAGUAUGAGGUGGCGCUGUACCGAGAGGUCAAGGCGCGGGUGGGGGAGACCCAUGCCCCGGUGGACCAGGCAGUGCCCAUUGGGACUCGACUGCAACUACGCGCUAAAAUUAACACUCAGUCCACUUGGAAAUACGUGAAACUAAUGGAAGUCACGGUCUCGAGCGACCCGGCCGACCCGUACGCCCCGGGCCACGUGUCGCUGGUCAAGGAUGGGUGUCGGCUGCCGGACUUCUCCUCGAUCGUGCCGCACCAGCCGCGACGCCCCAGCGAGGACACGGGCGAGGUCAGGCUCGACUUCGAGGCCUUCAUGCUGGACUCCAAGAUGGCCGGCUCCUCUCAGCUCUGGAUCCACGCCUCCGUCAAGGCCUGCAUCGACUCCAGGGACUGCCUCCCGGUUGCCUAUGAGUAUUGA